AUGACGGCGCCGGCGGAACCACCCAGAUACGUCUACAAGAUCGUAGACACGGAGCCUCCGUUCCCCAUUCCGGAUGUAUUCCCGCCGUCGGAGCUUGACAGGAAGGACGGCUUCAUCCAUCUGAGUGCGCCUUGGCAGAAAAACGCCGUGAGGAAAACACAGCUCCCCGUCACGGCAGACCUCUUCUUCAGCAGGCACACCACCCUCUGGGUGCUCAAGGUCCGGCUGGCCAGCAUCGAGAGCUCGGUGCGGUGGGAGCCCCCGGCCGGCGGCGGCAGCAGCAACAGUGGCGAGGGGUACCCGCACCUGUACGGCAACCUGGGGCGGGCGGACGUCGAGUCCGUCGAGAGGUUUAAGCGGACCGCCGACGAGAGGGGCGUGUUCCAGGGGAGAUGGAAGGACGUCUUCUCCGACUCAAGGUGGAGGGCCUGGGAGGAGGGGAAGGGCAUGGCUGUGGAGGAGUAG